AUGGUGCAGGAAGCCCCAGACUCGUGCAGGAGGCCGGGCGAGGAGACCAGCAGUGGUUCCCCUUGUUGUCCCGGUAAUUAUGUGGCUCUCGGACCUGUGCUCAGAGAAUGCACUGCUGAUGGAAACUACACGUUCCCCUUGGAGGAUGUGAAGCAGCUGUGGGCGCUGAUGGACACUCUGGUUGAAAGUGACCCAGUUGUUGCCAGCUCCGUCUCUACUGGACUGUGCCUUUCCCCUGAGCUGCCAAAGGUGUUUCGGCCAGUUUGCACCUCGAGAGAUGCCAAUCAGGUUUUCCUCAGGCUGGAGGAAAUAGCACAGAAAGCUGAUGUAUGUGAAAUCUGUGCCUAUGCCGCCUGCAGUGGCUGUGAAUCUGUAGGACAGACCCUGAACCAAGACGACGGUGAUGGUAAAAAUGGCGGCAGCGUGUAG